AUGGACACCACCGUCACCGGAUCCUCUGAAUUCAUCAAAGUCUUCUCCGACGGUACCGUGGAGCGUUUCAUACCCGAAACCGCUCCGGCCUCUCUUGACUUGUACAAGGGCUACAAAUGCAAAGAUGUGACCAUAGAUCCAUUAAAGCCAAUAACGGCAAGAAUUUUCAUCCCCACCACUACCGCCACCGCCACCUCCAAGCUGCCAUUGCUACCGGUCUUGAUAUAUUUCCACGGCGGUGGUUUUUGCAUUGGCUCCACCACAUGGCUAGGCUACCACCAUUUCCUCGGAGACCUUUCCGCCACUUCCGAAUCCAUCGUUCUUUCCAUCGACUACCGUCUGGCCCCGGAAAAUAAGCUACCGAUUGCGUACGAAGACUGCUACACCUCUCUCAUUUGGUUAAGCCAACAAAAACUGACCGAAUCCUGGCUCAAAAAUGCCGAUCUUUCCCAGGUUUUUCUCUCAGGAGAUAGUGCCGGAGGAAACAUAGCUCACCAAGUAGCCAUUAGAGCAAUUCGGGAUAAAGAAUGUCUGGUCAGAGUCAAAGGAAUAUUACCGAUUCACCCCUACUUCGGUAGCGAGAAGCGGACCGAGUUAGAGACGAAAGACGGGUCAGCUGAAGAGGUCAAGUCCAACGAUAUGUUUUGGAGGCUGAGCAUACCCGAGGGCUCGAACCGAGACUAUGAGGGCUGCAACUUUGAAUGGAUGCAGGUGUCUCUGACAGAAUGGAGCCGGUUUCCUAACGUUCUCGUUUUUGUAGCAGAGUUGGAUUUCUUGAACGAAAGGGGAGUAGCGUAUGUCGAGUUUUUGAAGAAAAAAGGCGUAAAAGUGAAGAUCAUUGAGACCAAAGACGAAGCACAUGUUUUUCAUGUAUUUCACCCUGAUUCUGAAUCAACCCGUGUGCUACAAAACCAAAUGAAGGAGUUCAUACACAGCCUUUGAACUCUUUG